CGGAAAAGACUGUCCUUACCAUUUGUUACCAACCCUGUUUGCCUGCUUGCUCUCCUUCGCGGCUGGUCCCCUCGCAACGCCAGCCACGAUGCUCGCCUCCACCGCCGCCUCCCUCCGGCCGCCCCUCCGCCGCUUCCGGGGCGGCGCCGCCUUCCCCUUUGGCGUCCCCCGCGGAGGCAUACGCGCGGCUGACCCUCUCUCCCCCAGGCCCAGGCGGCGGGCGCUGGCCUGCCGCGCGGACCUGCAGCAGGACGCGCCGUUCGCGGCCGCCAUCGGCGCCUGCGUGCUCGCCUCGCUCGUGCUGCCCCCUCCCAGGCCCCGCGGCGAGGUGGGCGAGGAGGUGGAGGAGGGAGAGGCGUUUGGUGCCACGGACACGAGGAUGGCCGUGAUGGGGAUCAUCUCCUUCCUGCCUUACUUCAACUGGCUGAGCUGGAUCUUUGCGUGGCUGGACAGCGGGAGGCGGAGGUAUCUCGUCUACGCUGCCGUCUACUUGGCUCCUUACCUCAGAACUAACUUAUCACUGUCACCUGAUGAGAGCUGGUUACCUAUUGCUAGCAUAUUUAUCUGCAUUUUACAUAUUCAGUUAGAAGCAGGUAUCAGGAGUGGCGAUAUUGAAAGCUUCAACUUCUUUCCUAGUCCUGCUAAAAAGAAGGGUGGCCACCAUGGAAACAAGACAGAUUCAAUUGGAAUGGGAGAUAGACACAAUAGGAGAAUACCAUCAGCACAUGAAUCUAGAGAAAGGCUCCGCAAUUCAGACAUCUUCAAGAGGAAUCUUGAUGAGCCCAACGAGGAUAAGCAAAAUAAGUCUGAUUGGAACUGAGAAUUACAGUGCUCCUGUCCUAUAUUUUUCUGAAUCGCUUGAACACCGUUUGGGGGGAGAUGCAUGUAUUAGUAGCGAGCUGAAGCUGCUGCCAAAGCUGAAGUGGAGUUGUAGCAGCAUGUGGUUUCAAAUCGGUUGACGUCUGUCUUGUUUUGAAUAAUUAGUCAUAGCUAUAGCUUACAACUUCCGUGGUAGUGUAGAAAUAAACUGCCAAUCUGGCUUAUGCAGGUAGAACACAUGGUGGUUUUGAAAAAUUCUGAAUAUCUUUCGUCCGUUCAUCUGAAUGAAAGCUGCAUGUGCUUUGUAGU